UUUAGGCAUGAAAUGAUAAUUUGGUAAAAACAAAUGCGCGUGUCUUCGUGAACGCGCACGCAAGACCGGCUUUAAAUGGAGGCGCGUGCGUGCGCGCGCACGUAGACUCUUUGUGUGGCAGCGUAGAGAAGCCCAAAUACAAUUAGCUACCAUGGCCGACGAAAAGCCCAAGGAGGGAGUGAAGACAGAAAAUAAUGAACACAUCAAUCUGAAGGUGGCUGGACAGGAUGGCUCAGUAGUGCAGUUCAAAAUCAAGAGACACACACCACUCAGUAAACUGAUGAAGGCAUACUGUGAAAGACAGGGUUUGACCAUGAGGCAAAUUCGCUUCCGGUUUGAUGGACAGCCCAUAAAUGAGACAGACACGCCUGCACAGCUGGAAAUGGAAGAUGAAGACACAAUUGAUGUUUUUCAGCAACAGACAGGAGGCCUCUUCUAAAGGGGUGAAGAAUGUCCCUCUUCUCCACCCCUCCACUUGUUCAGCCCCAUCUCCUCACUUUCCCCAACAUUAUGUUCAAACUGAACCCACACUUUAAUAGACCAUCUCACAAUUGAACAGAUCUGCUGUUAUAUAUCGGAGCUUUGUUUGUUUUUUUUCCUUUUUGUACAUAAAUUACUUCUACAAAGCCAAUACUACAUCCGAAAACUUUACGGUGUAUCGCUGAAUAAUGUUCCAAGCCCAGCAUCCUGGCACAGUCUGCUUUUACUAGAAGUUAGAUAUCAGGUGUGUUGGUGUUUUGUACUGUGAGGAGGCAGGGGAGGCCAAGGUGAAGCAAUUAGGCAUGGGUUCCUCUGCUGUGUGUCCAUGCUUUGUUAGUGUUCCUACUUCAGUCACAUGUUUGUCACAUUGCCAUCUCAUUGGAUCAUUGCAUAACAAAAAGCAACGUCUGUACAGUAGUCCUAUCCAGCCUUAUCUAUUAUAAGCUAUGCUGACAGGUGAAGAGUUAGGUAUACGUGGGCUUGCUGAUUCCUUUGUCCAAAGCUGCACACCACACAAUGAGCAUAUAUUGCUACAUUUGUCUGCUGGUCUCUUAAUUUAACUUCAUACCAUGGUAUAGCUUGCAAAUGCUUUAAUUAUUGAGGUGGAGGUGGUUGGCGCUAUACACACCAAAUCCCUUGACUGACAAAUUAGGUCAGGCCAUUUGCAAUACAUUUGUGACAUUUGCACUAUCCUCUUACCAUGAACCAAAUCGAAGUCUGUGUACUGAUUUCUGCACUGUAACUAAAUAGGGCUUCAAAUAAGGCAAAUAUGGACAUAAAAACAAAAUGUUGUCUAACUAGUGUUAAAUUAAUUAAAUGGGAAACAAUGUGAUGUGCAAAGUAAAAGCAGGGUAGAGCACAGGAGGGUGCUUGACGAGGUAUGGACGUAAUUGGACACAAUCAUUGCUUACAUUGGACAAGAAUAAAUGAUCAAAUACACUUUUUGCCAUAUACAUAUGAGUGGAGCUGUAGAACCCUAACUUCUGUUCACAACCAUGUGUAAUUUGUAAUGGAUAACAAUACAUGGACCAGGAUUUCUCAGUGACAGUCAUUGAAUGGAUCUGAAUCUGACUGGUGGGAUGCAACACUGAUCAGCAAAAGAUCAGAGAGUGUGUAGUGAGUGGAGAAUGAGUGGUCCCUAUACUUACACCCCCCCCCCCCCCCCC